AUGCCCAGCUCCUGCAAAGACAUCCGCGCCGCCCUGGCGCAAUGCCUGCAAGAAUCCGAAUGCAUAAUGGUAUACCGCAACAAGCCGUCCGAUUGCCUACGACCGCCGCUCGUCGACACCCUGCCGACCAAGUGCCAGCAGCUGAAGAAAGGCUACGGCGAGUGCAAGCGCGGCAUGGUCGAUAUGCGCAAGCGCUUCCGUGGAAACCAGCCCAUCGCCCUCAAUAAACAGGAUGGUGGUGCCCCGCCCCCCUCGGGCCACAUGCUGUAUGCUGGCCGCCCGGCGUUCGAGAGCACAGCCAAGGAGACGAGCGGUGAUGAGCCGGAAGAGAGGGAUUGGCGGGAGAUCGAGAAUGAAAAGUAUAGGAAGGGUUUAUGA